UUCUCAUCUUCUCCCAAUUUCCUGCCUCUCAAUCAAACCAUCCGCCAUGGACGAUGACCGAUCGGCCGACAACGAUCGCCUUUCCGUCAAACUCGUCACCUUCCAUCAUCUCCCCGUCGCUAACCUUCUACCAGUCUCCGGCCCCGGCGGUGGUUUGAAAAUUGAAACGUCAGUCGCGGAGCCGUCCCUCACCCUCGGCCUCCCCUGUUCCGACAACGCCGGCUAUGCAGCAGCUGCUUUUUCUUAUUCCGAUCCUCACGAAAGCACGGUGUCCUCCCUCGACGCCGGCGCAAGGAAGAAACUCCGGCUCACCAAGGAGCAGUCUGCAGUGUUGGAGGACAAGUUCAAGGAGCAUGCCACUCUCAAUCAGGAGCAAAAGCAGGCUCUGGCGAAGGAAUUGAAGCUCCGGCCACGGCAGGUGGAGGUUUGGUUCCAGAACAGGCGAGCGAGGACGAAGCUGAAGAAGUCGGAGGCGGAGCUGGAGUUUCUGAGGAAGUGGUGCGAGACGCUCAAGGAGGAGAACCGAAGGCUACACGCGGAAUUGAAGGAGCUCAAAUCCAGGCAACAGCCGGUGCCGAUGUGUCCGGCUUGUAAGAAGGUCGACCGGAACGCCGGCGGAGGACACGUGGGGGCGGCGAAACCUCAACUUCAGUACCUUUUCCUAGAGCUAUAAAUAAGUCAAGCCGAGAUAAACUUUGACAUGUUCAAACUUAUUUGAUAUGAUAAUUGAUCCAAGUCAGGCUGAGCCUAAAAUGAAUCAAGCCUUUGAAAUAAUUAUUCAAGCUUAACUUAGUUUAAUU